CUUCAUCUUCCCCUCCAUAUUGCCUUCUUAGACAACGUCUCAAUCGGCCUCUAAAAGAGAGACACAUCAUCUUAUCUACUAUCAACCUACGAAAUCACUUGCAUUUGCAUUUGCAUUUGAUCCUCUACAAACUCUUAUCUUUUUUUUUUUCCGAGGCCGCUUGCGCAUGCAAAACGCACGAAAUCUUUUUGGCGUAACUUGAUCGCCUGGGAUGCGCCGACUGACCUCACCAAGCUUCUAGGUUGCGUUGCCGAACCAGAAAAAAAAAAAGAUUCAUUCAUUCGUUUUAAACUUGACCAGAUUCUCUGACUGUGAUAUCGAACCACAAUCUGCGUGUAAGGCCAGUGCGUCACCGCUUGCGAUAUCUGCCUAACCUUCUCAACAAAAAAUUUGUUACAAUUCAUGAAUACAACCAGUUAGGCAUUUAAGCCAUCUGCUGUUCAGCAUCGCAUGCAAGAUGGACGCGAGCUACCUUUCCCAGCAGGUUAAUAUUAUAAUCGGCCAACUCCAUGGCCUCUUCGACGAGAUUGGUGUUUCUAGCCAUGAUCGCGAAAACAGAGAAUCAGAGCUCUUCGCAGCCCUCUCGGAGACUUUGAACAACCAAGUGAAGCAGGUGACAGAGGAGAAGAAUGAUCUAGUCGAAGAGGCGCAAAGAUUGAUUACCUUAAUCCGCCAAAUGGAAGCGUCGCUUGAUGGCCCCAGAUCAUCACGCAGCUUCACACCCGACAGCGACGAUCUCCGAGUCACAUACCCGCUCACAAGAUGCUUGACGGGGCUAAAAGAGAAACAUAUGCAAAUUAGCAAACUUCACCGUGAACGAUUCGAGCAAGUUAAGAAACUUGUACAAGCGCUCGAGUCUUAUUCCUCCCACCUGGAGCCCACAUUCAUAAACAUUACUUUGCCACCCACCGGGCCGAAUCAGUCUAUCCCGCCGAAUUUCGACCUUUCCCCCGCCUACGUUAAUAAACUAGACGACGAAUUCACCAGAGUCUACGAGGAAUACACCCGACGUGUAAACACAGUAAAAUCCAUAUCGGAACACAUUAUCCAGCUAUGGGCCGAGCUCGGUACGCCUCAAGCUCAAACCGAUGGUGCGAUCGUGAAGUAUUAUCGUGAUGCCCCUGAGCAGCUCGGUUUGCAUGAAGAAGAUCUAGCUAGACUCCGCAACAAGAGAGACAAACUGGCAGAUGAAAAGAAGAAUCGCGAAAGGCGUCUCAAAGACCUCAAGACAUCCGUCGCAGCUCUUUGGGAGAAGCUUGGUGUUGACGAAGCAGAACGUAAGGCGUUCCUGAACGGCAACCGUGGCUGUGGUAUCCGACAGAUCAAUGAGUUUGAGGAUGAAUUAGCAAGACUGAGCGAGCUCAAGCAACAGAACUUGCACCUUUUCGUGGAAGAUGCGCGAUGCAAACUCCAAGAGUUAUGGGAUGCGCUAUACUUCUCAGAGGACGAGAUGCUCGAAUUUACACCGGCUUUCUCUGAUGUUUACAGCGAUGCGCUGCUAGAAGCCCACGAACGUGAGAUUACGCGACUUGAGUCUCUAAAGGAACAGCGAGCUCCUACUCUAGCCCUGGUUGAGAGGCACCGUACACUUGUUCAUGAUCGAGAUGAGCUUGCAGCAUCCAGCCAAGAUGCGUCCCGACUGAUGAUGCGUGGCCAGAAGGGAGAAAGGCGAGAUCCAGGAAAAUUGUUACGAGAGGAGAAGAUGCGAAAGAGAAUCGCCAAGGAGCUCCCUAAAGUUGCUGCAGAUCUCGCCAAGAUGCUAGAGCAAUGGGAGGAUGAAUAUGGCCGCCCAUUCCUCGUGUACGGAGAGAGGUACCUAGAUGUUUUAGAACCAGAACCCCCAAAGCAGGCCCCAGGUCCAAGAUCAAAGACCCCUGCGGGCCCUCCACCAUCAGCAAACAAAGCGCAAAAGUCAGCACAACCGCCGAGCCGUGCCAAUAGCAAUGCUAGCAAGGCAGGUACAUUCCCAAGAUCAAAGACGCCAGUGGUGAAUGGUAAUGGCAAUGGCACGAUCAGGAAAGCUCCUCCUGGUAUGCAAGGACCAAAGGAUCCGAAGGGUAGCCCAUCUAGGAUACCAGCCCGUGCUCCUUUGUCGAAUCUCAAGUACGGUAAUAACUCUCCCGAAAGACCUCGGCCUGAGUCACGCGCUCAAAGUAUACUGCGUCCUGGGCAUCCUCUCUCGCGAGCACCUCCCCCGAAGAUGAGAGACCUAAACCCGCCUCCCGAGUUAGAAACCCCGGUGAAUCCCUACCGAAACGUUGGACUAGGUUCGAGCACGCAUAUCCGAGCUGUUGAGCCGGACGAUGUGUAUGAUGAUCGAGCAUACGAGCGAGAGUCCUACCAUUCUUAUUCAAGAUCCCAGUCGCAUCAUGAUUCGCAUAUGUCUGCACAAAGUGAGCGACUUAUGCAAUCAUCCUACCCCCAAGCACCCCCUCCAAGGCAGAUCUCAAAUACGUCUACAGUAGUAACUGGAUCCGAAAAUUGGGAGACGUAUGACGAUAAUUCCGAGCCGGAGGCAGACGCAUCUGAUGCGUAUUACGCCAAGGUACGAGCGGCGAGAGGGAAACGAUUUACACCAGAAGACCCCUACUCGCGCCAGCAAGCAAACAUACCUAAGCGGUAUCGAGGGAUCCCACCCCAGUUGCAAUCUGGCAACGUUACGAUAGAUGCUGAAGGCAAUCGUAUCAUUUCGGGUAGUGAAUGGACUGAUGAAGAUGCCUACUGAGCAUUUCAUUAGUCUUCCCACUAGACUAUAACGAGCGAUAACGAGCAUUUACGAGCUUCGAAAAGUUACGCGACUGACCGUUACGAUUUAUGUGACGCUUCUCACAACCUGGUAGCGAUGGCGCUCUUCGGGAUACUUUUACGUAAUUUUGUUGAUGAUGAUUUGGCAUCGUUUUUGAUUUCCAUGAACUGGUUAUUGUUUCUUCCUUAUUAUUCCGUUUCUUGUAUUUGCUUUUAAUUGCAUUAUGAUGUCGUUCGCCGCGAGGCCACUUAGGUGGAAUCCUAACUUGACGAGCUUGACGUUUCUCAAGACCGGCCGAUAGCACAUAGCACUUGGGUUGUCGUACUCAUGGUGGCUUUGAUUUGCCUGAUUUUACAUACUCCUUGUUGGAACAUAAUCGGAAGGGGGGGUGAAGGCGAAAGGCAGGCAAGCAGCUUAAGGGGGGGUUGCGGGAGUAUUGGAAUGGGCGUCGGUUCAUAAGGCGUUCAAGAUGGAUAGCAAAUAACUAUGCAUGUUUCCUGGUUCAUAUUCCAUAUUCCAUAUUCCAGCUUCUAUCUUCGUAGCUGAAAUAAAGGGCCAGCUUGAAGCUGGUCAAAUUUUUUUUAUUUUUUAUAAAAAAAACUUGAAUCAUUAAGCAAGUACAGCUUGGUAAAGGAGGAAGUGAAAAUGACCGUAUUUAAUGUCUAGGCACCUAGUUAAUUUAUAAUUGCUAAUACUGAGCCUAUCGGCG